AUGGUCGUCAUCGCCGCCACGGGCCACCUGGGGGAGGAGCCGCUGUCGGUGGUGGUGCUGGCCACCUCGGUGUUCAACGUCACCGGCCUCUCGGUGCUCAUCGGCUUCAGUUCCGCCAUGGAGACAUUCUGCGGGCAAGCCUACGGCGCGGGGCGGUACCACCUGGUGGGCCUGGUGCUACAGCGCGCGCUGCUGCUGCUCACGCUGGUGGCGGCGCUGGUGGCGGUGGUGUGGACGCAGGCGGAGCCCAUCCUGCUGCUGCUGGGCCAGGACCCAGAGAUUGCGCACGGUACCGCCCAGUUCCUGCUCAGGGCCAUCCCCGCCCUCUGGUUCACCGGCGAGGCGGUGCGCCCUGCCACCGUCGUCACUGUCAUCUCCCUCUCCCUGGCGCCCCUCUACAACUGGCUGCUCAUCUACAGGAUGGGGCUGGGCCUGUACGGCGCGGCGUACGCCAUGGACGCCAUGCAGGCGAGGCGGGAGCCAGGGCAGGAGGCGGCCGGGCGGCCGCUUUUGGGGGCGCGGGCCUUCCGGGCUCGCCUGACCCCCGUGUCUACCUGGCACGGCCUCAGCAGGAAGGCGUGGAGCGGGUGGGGCCAGUACUGCCGCUUCGCCCUGCCCAGCGUGGCCAUGCUGUGCUGCGAGUGGUCUACCUUCGAGGUGAUGGUGCUGAUGAGCGGGCUGCUGCCAGACCCAAAGGUGUCGGUGUCGGUGAUGGGGCUGUGCAUCCAGACCUCGGGCCUGUGCUACAUGAUUGUCACCGGCCUGGCCUGCGCGGCGUCGGUGCGGGUCAGCAACUCGCUGGGGGCGCGCCUGCCCGAGGCGGCGCGGCGCGCCACCUGGACCGCCUGGGCCCUCACCAUGUGCCUCCAGGCCUGCGUGGGCGUGGGAAUCGUGCUCAUCCGCCACGACUGGCCCCGCCUGUUCACCGACUCGCCCGCCGUCAUCUCCAGGACCGCGCACCUGCUGCCGCUGUUUGCGCUGAGCCUGUUUGGCGACGGCACCAACGCGGUGCUGCAGGGGCUGCUGCGCGGCGCGGGCAAGCAGGAGACGGGGGCGAUCACCAACCUGCUCUCCUACUGGUGCUGCGGCAUCCCGCUGGCCGCCUACCUCGCGUUCAAGAGGAACAUGGGCCUUGACGGCCUGAGGUGGGGCCUGGUGGGCGGCAUCAUGCUGACCAUGACAGCCCUAUUCGACUACCAGAAGCAGUCGGACAAGGCGGUCGCCAUGCUGGCGCAGACGGCCACGCGCCUGGAGGUGGAGGGCGCAGACGGCGAGGAGGCCGGCAACCCGCUGCUGGCGCCGCUGCUGCCCGGGGCGGGCGGGGAGCUGGGGGAGGGGCUGGCGGAUGGAGGCCUGGGCGUUGGCGCCUCGGCCAAGGACCGGCAGCCCAGCCGCCGCGGCAGCAGGCGCAGCACGGAUUCGGCGGGCAUCCGCGAGCGGCUGCGCGAGUCGGUGCUGCUGCUGCUGACAGAGGGGUCGCAUGUGCAGCCGCGGCGGCGGGCGCCGGCCGGCUCCGGGCAGCGGCGGGGGCGCAAGGCGCCUGUGUCGUCGUCGGUUCCCUAA